AACAUCGGCCUUGGUACAACUUCGCAAAUGUCCACAGACUAUCUGUUUCACCAAGAGAUCUUUGCCAUUCCAGGGUUACCUAAGCUCUGGGAGGCAAUGUACUGCCCUUUGCAUGGCUAGGGCAUGGUGUGAGGCACUCUGUAAUACGAGAUGCCAUCGUGGUCCAGUGAACCUACUGGCCGCUGCGGCGUAAUACCUGGUGAAGCGGUGAUUAGUACCAACAGUGAUACUAUCAGGCUACACGUGUCGUUGAGGGUCUUCAAGCGACGAUGCUGAUGUAUUUAAGCAGUGCGGUCUGCCACUUCUAAAAGACCACCAGCUUCAUCAGUAUCUUCACAGCCAUCAGAUCCUAAAUCUUCCAACCUUCUUGAAAACUUUCUUCAGAGACAGUCCAACUAUCUUUCGAGAUGCAUUUCACUACCCUGACCAUUGCCACUCUUGCUGCGAGUCUGGCUUCUGCCCAGACUCUCAACAUCCCAGCCCGAGUUGGCAGUGUUCAACGCGCCUCCAACCAGUUGAUCUCUGCGAACAGGGACUUUGGCAACGCGGAGUUUGACAGCGGUGUCGCCUGCGACACCGGUGAGGGCGGUCUGCCCGUCUUCAGGAUCGCUGAUGGUGUGACCAUCUCGAACUUGAUCAUCGGCCCCAACCAGGUUGACGGUAUCCAUUGCCUGGGCCGUUGCACUAUCAGGAAUGUCUGGUUCAGGAACGUCUGCGAAGACGCUAUCACUGGUCGUGGCGCCGGCGACAUCUUGAUCGAGGGAGGUGGUGCUACAGGCGCCAGCGACAAGGUUGUCCAGCACAACGCCCGUGGUCGCAUUACCAUCCGCAACUACACUGUUACGAACUCUGGCAAGCUUUACCGCAGCUGCGGCAACUGCUCGAACAACCAGGCGAACAGCCCUCGCCAUGUCACCAUUGAGAACGUCCGCGCCAGCGGUAUGACCUCCGACCUUGUUGGUAUCAACAACAACUUCGGAGACACAGCUACCAUCUCCGGAUCCUGCGGCAGCAACAACAGCGACGUCUGCGAGAACUACCUCGGUAUUGAGUCCGGUAACGGUGAUGGCGGUGCCCGCAACAACAACAACGGAUGUGGCGGUGCCCAGGGAACUCUUGCGACCCUCCCGGCCUGCUAAGCAGCUACAUCCAUGGCCAUCUCACAGGAGAGUGAAAUAUUGCAGCAUGUAUACAUAGAGACGUUAUCAACUCAGCUUGAGCGCAGCAGAGCGG